AUGAUGGCAUCGAGUUUGAAUCAAUCUAGUCGGUCGUUUGAAUGCCCAAGUCAAAGUGCCGAGCUUGGAAACAUCGUCUCCGUAUCUGGUGCUCUUGCUGGCGUUGUCCUGAUGAUUGCUGGAGUUCUUCGAGAUCAUCUCGGAUUCGGACCGAGUCUGUUGAUCAUGAAGUCAUUUGUGACGAUUGGAUACAUUCUCCUGGCGAACGCGCAACCGGGUGUUUCUGAUAACUUGCUCUACGGGUGGGCCCUUCAAUAUGGUUCAGCGGUUUCGAUGCUCUUUUUCUACAUUCAACUAGCGAGGCUUUUUGAUUUGACAAGCUUUUUGAUCUCAUUUAUGAUGCUGACAAUGGCUCUCAGCUCCUUCGUACCAGAACUCUGGAAGAUUUUGUACAUCGAUCUUGGCUUCAGUCCUCAAAAUAUGGCAUGGAUUUUUGCUGGAUUCAUGGCUCUGUCAAUGAUUUUCUCGCUUAUAUUCAUGCCUUGGUAUAAUUUGGAGUCGAGGGAUUCCUUCAUAAAUCUAAAAGAUGUUAUAAGGCAAAAACUACCAUUUAUCGAGAGAAAAAAAACGGCUGAAAACAAGGAAGACUCAGCCUCAACUUGCUCCUUUCUCAAAAAGUUUCUCCAAAGCAUCAGAGUUUUUCUCAAUCCUAACUUUUUCGCCGCCCUGUGCGUUUUUGGAAGUGGAAAUUUUAUUGUCCAUAAUGUUCUCGCACUGAUGACGCAACUUAUCGAGCAGAAUGAAAUAGAAAUCGUCGCUGCUGGCUCUACCGUCUCUCUUGUCAAUACUCAGUUCAACACCCUAAAAAUCGUUCUAUCUGGCUGUCUCACAGUCGUUUUUGGCAUCAUCGUCACCUUCACAAAGAGAAAAUUUUCGCAAAAAUCAAAAGGAGAUCACAAUUUAAAGCAACUGGUGAUUCCGCUCUUCUUUCAUUUGAUUGCUUUGGUCUUGUGCAUUAUUGGAAUCGAAAAGAGCGAUACUCUGGGGGGCAUGUGGACGCUUUUUGUUGGAUUUGGAAUUAUCCAGGCGACGCCUUAUUUCUACGAAGUAAAUAUUAUUGAAAUUUGCUUUCCUUUCGAAAGCCACGGGGUCGGACUAGCCUCAAUUGAACUCAUCGGUGGACUCUUUAAUUUUCUUGGUACCCCGAUUCUGAAUGAUUUUGAAAAGACUGGAAAUUUUAACGCCCUGAGACUGAGCGUUUGGAUAUCUGGACUUGUUGGAGCCCUGCCAAUUAUCUUGCAUUUGCCGUUUGCCUAUGAAUUCGGGCCGAAAUGGUUUUUGAACAUGGAUAAAAGAAGAAAAGAAAAAAUGACAUUGGAGAUUAAAGAAACUGUACCCGAGAUAAACUAG